AUGUCAUCCAUGUCUGGUGUACCUUCGACGGACCCUUUCGAGAAGCAGAUGAUGUCCAGACUCUCGUGGGCCCGGACCAAGCCCUCGCAGAACCCUUGGGAGAACCGAGAUGGAACUCUAAGCUCGUCCACCAUUGCCUUUUCCGCCUCGUCGGUCACCUCCAACAAGCUAGCUGUCGCAGGCCAUCAGUGCCAGGAGGCUCAUAACCGUGCGGACAAUCGCCUCAUUCGUGUGGCACUGCAGCAUGCGCCGGCGGCUCUAAACAGAUAUCCAGAUCUUGCGAGCCCGGGACGUCCCACACCUUUCGCUGCCUAG